UACCGGAAAUGUUCGGUUAAUGAAAUGUUUUGUUUUGUACAGACGAAGUUAGUUUUGAAAAAGGUUGUUUAAUUAAGAGCACACAGUGUGUUUUGUAGACGAUGUCCCAAUUUUAGAGUUAAAGUGUGUUUAAAUAUCCAAUACUUAUUUAUUUUUUUAAAGUAAAUUUCCACCUCACUGUUGAUAGCAUGCUAGCUCUGUGGUUAGCAUUGACCAAAUCUUGUCAAUACACUUGUUCUACUCAAUUUUUUGUGAUUUUGAAACAAUGCUGGGUUACUUGGCAGCGAGGAGGGCUGGUCUGGAUGACCCUCUUCGACUCAGGCGUGUGGAAUCGACGAGAAGGGUCCUAAGCCUGCAGCUGAAUGCGGACCGAGACAUGGACAGAAUCCACGCAAACGGUGUCAACACAAUUGACAUUGAACUAAUAGAAGGGAAAUACAUGUUGUCUGGAGGCGCCGAUGGAGUGAUUGUCAUCUAUGACCUGGAGAACUUCACUGGGAAACCACAGUACACCUGCAAAGCUGUUUCCACGGUUGGCAGGUCCAGCAAGUAUGUCCACAAAUUCAGCGUGGAGACGGUCCAGUGGUAUCCUUACGACACAGGCAUGUUUGUAUCCAGUUCCUUUGACAAGACGAUGAAGGUUUGGGACACUGAGACUCUGAAGCCCGCCGAAGUGUUUGAGUUUGAGGGCAACGUGUACAGUCACCACCUGUCCCCCAUUGCCAGGAAACACAGUCUCAUUGCAGUUGGCACCAAGAAUCCUAAAAUUCAGCUGUGUGACCUGAAGUCUGGUUCAAAGAUCCACGUACUGCAGGGUCACAAAGCCGAGGUCCUGUCUGUGCGAUGGUCACCAAGAUACGAACAUAUCCUAGCCACCGCCAGUGCUGACAGCAAAGUGAGAGUGUGGGAUGUACGUCGGGCAUCAGGUUGUCUGUUUACGCUGGACCAGCACAAUGGUGACAAGUCAAAAGCCGCCUCUGAAGCAGUGAACACGGCACACAAUGGCAGGGUGAACGGCCUGUGCUUUACCAGUGAUGGCCUAUACCUGCUCACAUCUGGGACUGAUGAUCGCAUGCGUUUGUGGAACAGCGGGACAGGGGAAAACACUCUGGUAAACUAUGGGAAAGUGAGCAACGAGAGCCGCAAGAGGCGACAGUUCACGGUGUCGCAGGGCUGCAGUCCAGAGUUUGUAUUUGUACCAUGCGGCAGCUCGGUGGCCGUAUACGGUCUCCACACUGGUGAGCUGGUCACCAUGCUGAGGGGUCAUUACAACCAUGUGGACUGCUGUGAGUUCCAUCCUGACCACCAGGAGCUGUACAGCGCAGGUAAAGAUGGUAACAUCCUGGCAUGGGUUCCAGUUCUGCGAAGCCCAGAUAUUGAGGAAGACGCAGAUAAGGGUGUCAAAUUAUCAGUGAAUCCCGCUUUUCAGGACGCAUGGAGCAGUGAUGAAGACUAAAGGCCCUUUCAAAGUCCUCUUGGUUUUCUUGGUUGUCGUCACAGAGCAGCAAGUGAGGACAGCAGAGUCCCGGUGCAAGCGUGCCCAUAAUUGAAAGCGCUUGUGUUGCAGCCUACCAGGAUGUAAAAAGGACGUUAUUAAUGCUGGCUGGUCUAGUGAUAUUAACAACCCUUUUUGAUGUCACCGUGACAUCACUAUCCAAUUUAUCAAUAGCAUGCCAAAAAGCAUUCCAUUGCUGUGCCCUCGGAAAAAGUUAUACAACUCUAUGAUAAUGAUGCUUCAAGGUUUCACCAAUGGGCUGUGAUUUGACUUGAUUAUGGUCCUAGCAAACUGGUGGAUUCAAGGACUACUGAAAUCCUUGUGAAACAGCAAUCCUCACAUCAUGACGUAUUUUGGGAUAGUGUCUGAUUGACUUGAUAUUUAAAGUGUUUGGACAGUGAGAGGACUGUUAUGCAUAUGUGAACUGUCAAGUCUUUACUUGCGUUUUUAUUACACGUUUUUCCGCCGCCACCCGUAAAUCCAAGAAUGAGAGUGAACCUUGAAUUUUUAAAGCAACGAUAGUCUUUUGUCAUUCUAUCUACAAAUUAGCAUCUUUGUGUAUGUUGGGGGCCUUUAUGCUGAAACUUACAGCGGGACAAGAAUGAUACCGAGCAAUGCCUUGCCCUGAUGCCCUUGAACACAUUAGCAUUUUAUUUAAAGGUGUAAUGUAUUAUUAUUUUUUAAGUGUGUUCUUUAAAAAAAAAAAUCAUUUAAAUUUGAAAAACUUUUUAUUUUUAUGCAGUAUAUCCUCCAAACACUGCUGCGAUUGACUGUCAACCAGUUCGUCCCUGCCCAUAGUUAGCUGCAACCUGUGAGGAUAAGUGGUUAAUAAGAUUAAAGAAAAAAUGAAAUACUGCAGUUUUUGUUUAAAAAAAAAAAAAAAAAAAAAAAAAAAGUUGAUUUUUUUUUCUCGAUCAACUUGUAAAUAAAACUUACAAACUUUACAAAAACUAUGAAUUUGGGGGACAUUAUUACAUUUUGAAUACUCUAAUAGAAAAAACAAUUCUUUUUAAUAUAUACAUCCAUAUAUACUGUGUGUAUAUAUAUAUAUAUUUAUAUUUCAAAUCUUUCCUGCUGUAGCCUUGUGCUUAUGCCGAUUACACUCGGAUCUGACACAAACUAGCUACAACAAGUUAAAGACCUUGAGUCACACAUAAGAAAACAACAUAGGAUAUAAGGAAAUAACAAAGAAAGAGAAACCCUGCUGAGGUUGUCUCCACAGUGCUGUGUAUCAAGUCUUGUGACCUUAAACAACUCAUCACACAACUCACUUUCCUCAGGUUUGAGAUAGAGUAUCACAUUGGGCCAAAGUUGUGAUAUUUCAAGUCAGCCUGCAUUUUUCCAUUUGAGAAGAAUCAAGCACUGUUUCAGCAAAGCCAAAAAGGGUAAUAAUUACCCCUGACUACCAACCGAUUAUCCUAAACUGUCCAAACUACAGCCCGCUGCCGAGUUUUUGUUGGCCCGCAGCAAGAUAGGAAAAUAUAAUUGAAUAUGGCCUACACAAAAAGCUUGAAUUCAGCUUACUUUCUGUUACAAGACUCUGCUUUAACACUAAAUUAAGCUAGUCACUUGAUCUGAUCAGUGCCUCUCCAUUAGCUGGGGUCAAAACCUUACAACAUGUUGAUAUCAAUGUGGAAAACAGAAAAUUCAGUAUUUUAUUUUCUUUAAAAAAAAAAAAAAAUACAGCCAAUGUGAUCAUGGGAACUGUCUUGGUUGUGAUUUAGUGAUAAAUACAGGGCGAUUCAAAAAGAAUGUGCCAAAAUCAUCACGCAUUUAUUCAUUUUAAAAUCACUGCAAUAGACUGAAUUAUUAAUUAAUAAAAUUAAUUAAUAAUUUAAUAAGAAUUAAAAGUCUUUUUAACAAGUAAAUAAUUUUAACAAAUCAAAAGUUAUAUCGGUUUGAUGUUGUCCGUGCCGCUGGAGGCGGUCACAUUAAGCACUUGUAAAGCAUGAAAUAAAAACUUGGAAGUUAUAUGCAAUCCUUGUAUCCAGCUAGUUAUUGUUUUUUUUUAUAUAUAUACCACAAUGGUUUUGGGACAUUCUUUUCUUUUUGAAUCAACCUGUAUAAUGUAAAACGUUAUAUAUAUAAAUAUAUAUGUAUAUAUGUACAUAUAUAUAUAUGUGCAUAUAUAUAUGUAUGUACAUAUAUAUGUGUGUGUGUAUAUGUAUAUAUAUAUGUGUGUGUGUGUGUGU